AUGGGGGGCCCCGUGGGCGAAAACCCCCCUCCUGCCCCUGUUAUCCUCAGGCUUCCUGCAGGGCCUCCUGGUGCUGCUGCUGCUGCUGCUGCUAGAGGGCCUGUAGCAGCAGGGUCUAGGGGGCCCCACACGGCUCCAAGACAACAGCCAUACUACAUGCGUGAAGGGGCCCCCCAGUUUGGAGGGGGCCCAGGGAUCCCCCCACCUCGCCAAGGGUUUAGCGGCGGCACAACAGGAGGGGGCCCCAUCAUUCUUCCUAGACCUCAGUACACUGUUGGCGGCCCCCCACAACCCUCUGUCGGCAGGGGCCCCUACUACAGGAGACACUCUGGGGGGCCCCAAAGAGGUUACAGUAGAGAGGAGAGUCCUUUCCCAUCCCACAGCAUGGGGGGCCCCACUGGGGGCCCCCACGGAGGUCUUCCUGGGGGGCCCCAUGGAGGCCCUCCUGGGGGGCCCCCUGGGGGCCCCCGCGAAGUGCAGGCUAGCAGCUCAACACACAUACCUUAUGGGUACCGUACCCGAGGCCCUCCAGCAGACACCUCCCUUGGGGCCCCCCUACCCCCAUCGCGGUGUCUCCAUAACCCCCCUGACAUGCAAACAACACACUGCAGCAGCAGGGGCCCCCGUUAUUCUUCUGGUUAUGGGGAACCCCAGGAGGGUUGGGACAGAAGGAAGGGGGCCGUCGGAGCGCCCCCCGGACCCCCAGCCUCAUCGGGGCCCCCGGCGCCCCCGGAACCCCCCCCAGAGGGGCCCCCCGCCGAGGGGCCCCCAGGGAGGCCCCAUAUGAGACCCCCUGUGGGCCCCCCUAUGGGGCCUCCUCCCAUGGGCCCCCCUCCCCCCAAACCUCCACCUUCUUCGUGCGCAGAAGAGGGUCCAUCUUUUAAUCUUCGUAGGGGGCCCCAUAGUCGCAAUGAGGGUCCCUCUUAUACCUGUAGAGACACUCAACAGGGGCCCUAUACCUCCCCUAGGAGGGGCCCCCGUCAUCUGCCCCACAGAGCAGCUGUACCUUCUGCAGUUGGAGGGGGCCCCAUGAUGUCUCAGAGAAGUAGGAGCUGCAGCAACAGCCGCCGCAGCAGCCGCUGCAGCAACAGCCGCAGCUGCAGCAGCAGCCCUAGCCGCAGCAGCAGCCGUUGUAGCAGCAAAAGCAGCAUUAGCUGUUGCAGCGGAGCAGAAGGGCCCCCAGGGGGCCCCAUGCUAUUCAGUAAGGAAAAUAAAGACAACGAUCCUAGGGGGGGCCCCUCCUUUGGGGGUCCCCCUCCUCCCGUAGAGUACACGGGGGCCCCUUGGUACCCUUUUUCCCCACCUAAUGGGGGGGGACCCCCCCCUCCCCCCUCUGACUACAGGGGGUAUAGGGGGCCCCCGGGGGCCCCCUAUAAAACCUUGGAAGGCAAUUGGGGAGACAGCAGCAGCAGCGGGUGGUCAGACAAACCCCCAAGGCCUUCAUUCAGCAGCAGCAGCAACAACAGCAGCAGCAAUUGUAGGAGCAGGUACAGCAGCAGCAACAACGGAAGAGGCAGCAGCAGCAGCAGCAGCAGCAACAGCGGUGGCUUCAGACACAAUACCCCACCCAAGGCUUACGGUUGGCAAGAAAGCAGCAGCAACUGCAGCAGCAGCAACAGCAACAGCAACAGCAGCAGCAGCAGCAGCAGCAACACACUGAAGCGGCUACACUCCAUGAACUACCCACCACCACCACCCGAGGACGAUGGAAAAGAUGCAGCAACAGCAGCAGCAGAAGCAGCAGCAGCAGCUGCUGCUGCUGCAAGUGCUGCAUUUGCAAAAGGGGCUUCGGCAGCAUUAGGGAGGCAGCAACAGCAGCAGCAGCAGAAGCAGCAGCAGCAGCUGCAACAGCAGCACCACCACCAACAACAGCUGAAGCAACAACAGCAGCACCAACAGCAUUCACUGCAGCAACAGCAGCAUCAGCAGCAACAACGGCAACAGCUGCAACAGCAACAGCUGCAACAGCAACAGCUGCAGCAGAGGCAGCAACGGGACAAAAGGGAGCCUCAGCAGCAGCAACUCCAGCAGCAGCUGCCACAGCAGCAGCCACUGCAGCAGCAGCAACAACAACGACAAAAAGAAGAUGGGCCAAAACUACAGCAACAGCAACAGCAGCAGCAGCAGCGACAGCAGCAAGACGUCGUGCCAGCACAGCAACAGCAGCGGCUGCAGCAGCAGCACGGCGAAACACAGCAGCAGCAGCAAGAAACGCUGAAGCAGUUGCAACAGCAACAGCAGCAGGAGCAGCAACGCAAGCAGGAGCAGCAACGCAUGCAACAGGAGCGCCGCAACUUAGACAGGAAGCAGCAACUGCAGCAGGAAGAGACGCAUCUUCUGCAGAAGCAGCAGCAGCAGCAAGCUGAGCAGCAGCGGGAGGAAAGAAAUCAACAGCAGCAGCUGCAGGUGCUGUUAAAGCAACAGCAGCAACAAGAGCAGCAGCAGGAACUGGUGCAGCGAGAACUACAGAAGCAACAGCUGCUGCAGCAGCAAAAACUGCAGCAGCAGCAAGAAUUGCAGCAGCAGCAACUGCAACAGCAACUGCAACAGCAGCAAAUACAGCAGCAGAAAAUCCGCCAGCAGCAGGAGGAAGUACAGCAGCAGCAAGUGCAGCAGCAGGAAAUACGGCAGAAGCAAAUAGAGCAGCAGCAAAAGCAGCAGCAGCAGCAGCAGCAGCAAGAGUUGCAGGAAGAGCAGUCUAGGCUUAAGCGUUGCAAGCAUGAGCAGCAAGAGACCCAACAGCAACAGCAACAGCAACAGCAGCAGCAGCAGCAGCACGAGCAGCUGCAACACGAGCGACAGACGCAACAGCAGAAAGUGCAGCAACAGCAGCAGGAACUGCAGCACAAAGAAAAACAGCAGCAGUCCCUCCUGCAGCAGCAGCUGCUGCAGCUGCUGCUGCCGCGGUACCAGCAGCAAACAACCUGUGGGGAGCACUUGCGAGUUAGCAGCUCAGAGUGCAUGCAGCAGCAACAGCAGCAGCAGCAACAACAGAAGCAGCUACAGCAGCAGCAGCAACAACAGCAGCAACUGCAAGAGCAACAGCAGCAGCGUGACCUGCUGAAAGAACUCGAGCAGCAGCAGCAACGACUGCAGCAGCAGCAACGACUGCAGCAGCAGCAGCAACAACAACACCAGCAACAACAACUGGAACAGCAGCAGCAAAUGCAGCAGCAGCAGCAGCAGCAGCAGCAGCAAAAGGAGCAACUGGAGCUAAUGGUAAAACAAGAGCUCCAGAAGCAGCAGCAGCAGCAACGUGGACGGCAGCAGCAAGACGAGCAGCAGCAACGGCAACGGGAACAGCAGCAAGUGCAGCAGCAACAGCAGCAACACCAUCAAGUCCCUGCAAUGGCCUCUGCUGCAGCACAGAAACAGGCAGUGUUGCUGCCCUGUGCUGCUGCAGAUAAUACAAGAGAAGGCGCGUUACCAAAUAGCAGCAGCAGCAGCAGCAAAAGCAGCAGCAGCAAGAGCCGCAGCAGCAGCAGCACCAGCAGGGAUUUGCACUGGCAGGGCCUUGCUGCAACAGAGCACGCAUGCAGCGAGUCUCAGCAGCAGCAACAGCUCACGAAACAGCAGCAGCAGCAGCAGCAUGACUGGUACCUAGACGAGCAGCAGCUGCAGCAGCUGCAGCAACAGCAGCAGCAGCAGCAAAAGGACUUCUUAAUGCGUCUGUGGCCUGAGCAUGAACUGGGCAGGCAUAUGACGGAGCAGCAGCAGCAGCAGCAGCAACAGCAGCAAGAGCAGCAGCAGGAGAGCCGCUCUAAGGAAUCGGUGCAGCGGAAGCUGCAGAAGCAGCAGCAGCAGCAGCAGAGACAGCAAAGGAGGAGGCGGGUGAGUCAUUCGCAGCAAGUGCUGCAGCAGCACGAACAGCCGCAGCAGCAGCAGCAGCAGCAGCAGCAGCUGUUGCUGCUGCUACAAGCUGCAAGGCAGCAGCACUGUGGGGAACAUGGUGAAGAGAGCAAGCUCCUAGAGCAGUUAAUGCUGCAGCACCAGCAGCAGCAACAGCAGCAGCAGCAGCAGCAGGCAUUUCUACAAGACGCAGGCAAGGACACGACAGACAGCACAGCAACGGGAAGGUCUGUUGCUGCUGCUGCUGCUGCUGCUGUUGCUGCUGCCGCUGGAAGUGCACGUCCUACUCAUUCAACAGUGGCACCGCCAGAAGCAGCACCAACAGCAGCAGCAGGAACUGCAGCAGCAGGAACUGCAGCAGCAGCAACUGCAGCAGCAGCCACUGCAGCAGCCCCAGGCUGCGCCUUCCGAUGCUGCAACCAUCUCUUUCUGCCAGCAGCAAAUCCAUCAGGUUCUGCUGCUACCCCUCUCUAUCAAUAUGAAGCAGCAGCAGCAGCAGCAGCAACAGCAGCGAAAGCAGCAACAGCAACAAAAGCAGCAACACCUGCAAAAGUAGCAACACGUGCACCAGGAGCAGCACCUGCACCAGCAGCAGCACCGACGAAACCUGCAGCAGCAACGGCAGCAACAGCAACAACAGCAACAACGGCAGCAGCAGGAGCGCCGACACCUGCUGCUGCUGCGUCGAAGGAUUGCAAGUUGCAGCAGCCACAAGUGCAGAUUCAGCAGCAGCAACAGAAGCAACAGCAGCAACAGCAGGAGCAGCUGAAAUGCAUGCAGGGAGUUGAAUACAUGAGAACUCCCCAGCAUCCAAAAGAACAGAAGCAGCAGCAGCCAGUACAGCAGCAGCAGCAGCAACAGCAGCAGCAGCAUUUGGGACCAGUGCAACAGCAGCAGCAGGCAGCACAACAGCAGCAACCGGCACUCCAUCAGCAGCAGCUGUUGCUGCAGCUGCACCAGCAGCUGCAGUACCACAUCCUGCUCCAGCGCCAUCAACGGCAGCAACAGCAGCAGCAGCAGCAGCAACAGGAGCAGCAACAGCAGCAGCAGCAGCAACAGCAGCAGCAGCAGCAACAGCGGAGGCAGGAGAACGUCACAGGCCUUAGUGCAGCACCAGAGGAGUUGCAGAGUAAUCAGCAUGCAUGCAACAGCAGCAGGCCUGGUGCUGCAGCAGGUUUGCUACGUGAGGGUUCUCAGCUGCCUACAUCUUUUGCUGCUUCUGCUGCUGCUGCUGCUGUUGCUGCAGCAGCAGCAGAAGGAGACACAAGGAGCCAGAGAAAGGCCCCUGCACAAAGAGGAGACAGCUUGUGCAGCACAAGAGGGACAUCAAUGCUGCAGCAGAAGCAGGUGCAGCAGAAGCAAGAGCAGCAGCUGCAGCAGCUACAGUUGCUGCAGCAGCUGCAGCAGCAGCAAGAACAGGAGCAGCAGCAAGUGCUGCAGGCAGCAAUGGAUAGACUUGAGCUGCUGCGGAGGGAAGAAGAAAAAGAGAAUCAAUUAUUAAAGCUGGAGCCCCUUAAGCAGCUGCAGCAGCAGCAGCGGCUGCUGCUGCUGCUGCAGCAACGAGCGCAGCGCAUGCAAAAAGAAAGACGGCUGCUUAUAGACCAGCUGCAGCGGCACCUAAACAGCUACCAGCAGCAGCGGCAGCAGCUAGAGCAGCUGCAGCAGCAGUGCAUGCAGCAGCAGCAGCAGCUCUGCCUCCAGCAACAGCAGCAGCAGCAACAACAGCAGCAGCUGCUGCUUCAGCACCAACAGCAGCACCAACAGCAGCAGCAGCAACAGCAGGGCUCUACCUCUGGCUGCAGGGGCCCCUAA